AUGUCACCAAAAAAGACCAGCAAAGAGUCGCCGAGUAGCUCCGCGUCCCCCGAACCCGGCUCGAAGCGCAAAGCAGCCACCAAAGAUGAGAUCAAAGACGAGCACGAGGCCGCGGAGCCCGAACCCAAGAAACCAAAGACAGCAACCAAUUCUUCCGUCAUCGAAUGGCUCCUCACCGACGAAGCCUUCUCUCUCGCCUUCCCCUCCCUCCCGCCAGGCCACGGUGAGAUAGACUGGGAAGCCGGCCACGCGCAGCCCCAAAAGACGCCUCCGCCCGAAGAUGCCGGCAAGAAGAAGUCCAACGGCGAAGAGCAGAUUCCACUCCUGACGUACCCGGACUCUUCCCUCACGCCAUUUCAGAACCUUACGGCGGCGCUGCUGCUCAGCAAACCCAUCUCGCACCGCCUGGGUCUCCGGACCAUCAACACCCUACUAAACCCACCGUUCGGCCUGCGGACUCUCAAGGAUCUGGACGAGGCGGGGUUUGAGGGGCGGCGGAAGGUCGUGUGGGAAGCGAGGACGCAGCAUAAGGAGAAGACGGCGGCCCAGCUUGGGGAUCUCGUUCAGAGUGUUCGGGAUAUUUGCGGCGUGGAGGAGGAUGAGGAUGUUGAGGAGAUGGAGGGCUUGCGGGCGCAGAUCAAGGAUUUGAAGACACCGGAAGAGGCGCAGAAGAAGGUUGAGAAGAUCUUGACGGAUGGCGUGAAGGGGAUCGGGCCGACGGGGGCGGGGAUCUUUCUGCGGCGGGUGCAGGAGAGGUGGGAGGAUGUGUUUCCGUAUGCUGAUAAGAGGGCGUUGGAGGUUGCUGUUCAGUUCAAGAUCUUGGAGGAGGGCGAUGGUGCGGAAGAGCUUGCGGAGAAGGUUGAUGGGGAUCGAGCGAAGUUCGUCAGGCUUCUUGACGUACUUGUCGGGAUCCAGCUUGAGAAGAAGACGGAGGAGGCCCUGAAAGUAGCUGGUGUCACGAAGUAA